GGCCUGAAAACUGAACUUGGAGAAGAACUGCGGAAGAGAGAGCGAAGCGAGUGACUGGCAGACAGGCGUUUGAUAAUGACGGUGCUACAGGAACCCGUCCAGGCUGCUGUUUGGCAUGCACUUAACCACUAUGCCUACCUGGACGCCGUGUUUCUGGCAGAGAGGCUGUAUGCUGAAGUGCAUUCGGAAGAGGCUCUCUUCCUGUUAGCAACAUGUUAUUAUCGCUCUGGAAAGGCUUAUAAAGCAUACCGCCUCCUCAAAAGGCACAGCUGUACCACUCCGCAAUGCAAAUACCUCCUCGCCAAGUGCUGUGUGGACCUAACCAAACUCGCAGAGGGAGAGCAGAUCCUUACUGGGGGUGUUCUGAAUAAGCAGAAGAGCCAAGAUGACAUUGUCACAGAGUUCGGGGACUCCGCCUGUUUCACGCUGGCCCUGCUGGGGCAAAUCUACUGCAAAACGGAUCGCUUGGCCAAAGGUUCUGAAUGUUACCAAAAGAGCCUGAGUUUGAACCCGUUCCUCUGGUCUCCCUUUGAGUCCCUUUGUCAAAUCGGUGAGAAGCCUGACCCAGAGCAGAUGUUCAAACUGACGUCCCCACAGAACUUCAGCAGCAGCGUCAGCCAGCCGUCGGGCGGCCCCACCCACACCCCGAGCCACAGCGUGCCCCACAGACAGGUGGACACUGUGUUGAUGGAGACUCCGCAAGACACUUUAGAAUUAAAUAGACUCAACCUAGAAUCUUCAAAUUCCAAAUACGCCUCUGUGAAUACAGAUUCCUCUGUGUCCUACAUCGACUCCUCAGUAAUUUCUCCAGACUCUGUGCCUCUCGGGACAGGCAGCUGCCUGCUUUCCAAGCAGGUGCAGAACAAGCCAAAAAGUGGCCGCAGUUUGCUAGGGGGGCCAGCAGCCCUCAGUCCACUCACCCCCAGUUUUGGAAUCUUGCCAUUGGAGCCCAGUCCAGGAGACCCAUCAUACUUACAGAACUUCACCAACACUGGGUCAGUGAUGGACCCUCCUCCUCCUGGAGCCCCACCAAAGAAGUCUGUAGCCCGAAUCAGCCAACCUGGAACAAAGUCAGUGUUUACACAGAGUGGGAACAGCAGGGAGGUUGCCUCAAUACCUUUCAACCAGACCCAGACCACCACCCCACAAACCAGUACAACACCUCAAGUGCUGAGUCCGACCAUUGCUGCGCCCCCCAACGUGCAGCCGCGGAGGAGCUCCAGACUGUUUACCAGUGCCAGUUCGACUGCCAAGGAGAACAGCAAGAAGCUGAAAAUGAAGUUUCCUACAAAGAUCCCCAACCGAAAGACCAAGACAAAAAGCAGCAAAGGGGGUAUGACUCCGUCCAACAUGAAUGAGAGCAUGGAGAUCCUGAAGCUGGACUCCUCCAUGUCUGAGGGGAAAGGCACCAUGGUCACACCUCAGUUCCAGGCUUUCACUCUUCAGAAAGCUGCUGCUGAUGGACUGAUGAACCUGAUGCGAGACAUUGGUAAGGGUUACCUUGCUCUCUGUUCCUACAACUGCAAAGAAGCAAUUGCCAUUCUGAGCCAGCUGCCUUCUCACCACUACAACACGGGCUGGGUGCUGGGCCAGAUCGGGAGGGCACACUUCGAGCUGGCUGAGUACACGCAGGCAGAGCGGAUCUUCUCUGAGGUGCGACGCAUUGAGAGCUACAGGGUGGAGGGAAUGGAGAUCUACUCCACUACCCUGUGGCACCUUCAGAAAGAUGUGGCGCUGUCAGCCCUGUCCAAAGACCUCACAGACAUGGAUAAGAACUCACCUGAGGCCUGGUGCGCCGCUGGCAACUGCUUCAGCCUGCAGCGGGAGCAUGACAUCGCCAUCAAGUUCUUCCAGAGGGCCAUCCAGGUGGACCCCAGCUUCGCUUAUGCCUACACACUGCUGGGGCACGAGUUCGUGCUGACGGAGGAGCUGGAGAAGGCCCUGGCCUGUUUCCGGAACGCCAUCCGUGUCAACACGCGGCACUACAACGCAUGGUACGGUUUGGGGAUGAUCUAUUACAAACAGGAGAAGUUUAACCUAGCAGAAAUCCACUUCAAAAAAGCUCUCAGUAUCAACCCACAGAGCUCUGUCCUCCUCUGUCACAUUGGAGUGGUACAGCAUGCCCUGAAGAAGUCCGAUCACGCAUUAGAAACCCUGAACAAAGCCAUUAACAUCGAUCCCAAGAACCCACUAUGCAAAUUCCACAGGGCCUCCAUUCUCUUUGCCAAUGAAAAGUACAAGGCGGCUCUGCAAGAACUUGAAGAACUGAAACAAAUAGUGCCCAAAGAGUCCCUUGUUUACUUUUUGAUAGGAAAGGUCUAUAAGAAACUAGGCCAGACGCACUUAGCUCUGAUGAAUUUCUCCUGGGCCAUGGACCUGGAUCCCAAAGGGGCAAAUAAUCAGAUCAAAGAGGCCAUAGACAAGCGAUACCUUCCCGAUGACGAGGAACCAGUCACUCCUGACGAUUUCCCUUAUGAUGCAGCGGAAGUGGAGGAGUCCCAGGAGAGCAGCAUGGCAGAUGCAGACGACACGCAGCUGCACACCGCUGAAAGCGAUGAGGUCUUCUUACUCUAACCAUGCCGACCUGGAGUCAGGCUCUUCAGUCCCAUAACCGAGGAGAAACAAGGAAAACAAACUGCUGCUAAUACAGUACCUCCUAACUUUUUUAACCAUCGGCUGAUAUAUAUUUUUUUUUAUUUUUCCACUAUGCCUUAGCGAUCACUGGGCUCUCAGUGCAGCGAACACCCCAUCCUAACCUCCCCGGUUCUCAUUUCUGUCAUUCCAACCAAUAUCAGUGGGUCCUCAUACCCACUCACAGCUCUCUGGACUCCAGUCAUUACAACUUUGGAGGGGACAUUGCUGGCAUUUUACUGGGCAGCUUUUGUUCCUUUAAGUUUGUAACACUGCACUCAUUUAGUGAAAGCCAUUUGUUCAAGGUCCAAGUCUUUGUUUUGGUGUUUUUUUUUUUGGUGUAGAAUCCCAGAACUCUUGUUCUCUUCUGACAGAUCAAUGUGGUAAUGUGAAUCUUGUAAGGACAAGGAGCAGACUUGCAGGUGCAUUUUCUCCCACCUGAAAUGCAUGGGCCAAUGUAAGUCAUCUUAGGGUCAGAAAGGUCAGGAGUUUAGCAAUUGAAAAAUCAACUGCAUUAAUUCCUGAAUUUCCCUGGCUUUUAUUUCAGCAGGAUGGGAUCUGUCUCAGUUACAAAAAUAAAUAAA